CCUGCUCACGCCCACGGGUCAGGGCCAUCUCACAGGACACCUGCCCCCGGAGCCGGCCCUCCCAGCGCGAGGCGCGGUCCCUGCCCAGGUGCGUCUCUGAGCCUUCUCGCUCCCAUGUCUGUGUCCACAGAGGAGUUCCGAGUGAUCGGCCCCACGGAUGCCAUCGUGGCGGUGCUGGGCAGGGACACCAAGCUGCCCUGUCGUGUGUCGCCCCCCAUGAACGUGAGGGACAUGGAGCUGAGGUGGUUCCGUUCCAAGUUCUCAGAGGCCGCGUUCAGCUACAAAAACGGUCGUGAAGAGGGCGAGGAGCAGCUGGCCCUGUACAGGGGGCGCACGUCCCUGGAGGAGGACUUCCUGGCACGGGGGGAGGCGGCCAUGCGCAUCCGCGGGGUCCGGGUCCCCGACAACGGGCAGUACACCUGCUUCUUCAGGAAGGAAAACUUCUAUGAAGAGGCUACUUUCGAGCUGAAGGUGGCAGGUUGGUGACUUGA